GUUGAGAAUAAGGCGUGUACCACUACAUUAAUUGCCACAACCGAGCGACAGGGCGGCGCAGUAGCGAACACGCUAUUUUCACCAAUUGCGAUGGUCGUGGAGGAAGAGCGCACGGCGGGAGAGGAGGCGUCAUUGGGGCCAGACAAAGAAGCGCACUUAACAAGCGAACAAUCGGUGUUGGCUUACGAUUAUAUUGACUUUAGUUUGCCGUCACCGUCAGUGUUGAUGGACAGCGGUAGUUCAAAUGUCAGUGCUGAGCAGCAACAACAACAACAUCCGACACUGUUGACCUCUGCCAAGCAUCAGCGCGACGCCCUCACUUUGGCGGCCGCUGAAGUUGAAGUCC